AUGGCAUCCGGUAUAGUCUCAUACCUGUCCGGCCUGGACACGGUCGAGAUUCUCGCCGUGCUUCUCCUGCCGGUGGUGCUAUACAUCGUCGCCAGACCCAAGGGGCAACAGUUACCGCUGAUCAAUGGGAGAAAGACAUUCGAGUUCUCCGAUAGCGCCAGCAAGCAGCGAUAUUUGAGGGAUGCCCCGCAAAUGAUAAAAGCUGGACUGCGGAAGGCAUCUGUCUUUCGCCUGAUCUCUGACAAUGGACCAACAACUGUCCUCGCGCCCAAGUACGCCACAGAACUCCGAAGCCAUCCUGCGUUGGACUUUAACGGCCCCAUUGCGAGAGAUUUCCAUGCGCAUAUCCGCGGGUUCGAGCCGUUCAAAACGGGGACGCGGAGUGACGAGCUGGUCCAAACGGCCGUUCGGACAAAGCUUACGCAGUCGCUGGGAGGUAUUACGGCCCCCUUAUCUGCAGAGGCGUCCAUCGCACUAGAGAAAGAAUGGACGGACAACAAUGAAUGGCACGAUCUCAGCCUGAAAUCGAGCAUCCUCAAAAUCGUCGCACAGCUGUCAUCUAGGGUUUUCCUCGGUGACCAAAUCUGCCGCAACCCAGACUGGCUGCGGAUCACUGUCAGCUACACAGUCGACGCCUUUCUCGCUGCACAGGAUUUAAGACAAUGGCCUGAGCUGGUCCGGCCUUUGGUAGCGCACUUCCUGCCUUCCUGCCGAAAGGUUCGACGCGAGCUCGAUGAAGCAAGGAAUAUUAUCAGGCCGGUGCUAGAGGAGCGACGAGAGGUAAAGGCCUCUGAAGCUACUAAGGAACGCUUCAACGAUGCUAUGCAGUGGAUGGAUGAUGUUGCAAAGGGUCGUCCGUAUGAUCCAGCUGUUGCCCAAAUGUCAUUCUCGCUCGCUGCUAUCCAUACGACGUCCGAUAUGUUGACUCAAGUCAUCUAUGAUCUGUGCGGGAAAGAGGAUCUUGUGCAAGCCCUCCGCGACGAACUUAUUGCGGUUAUCAGUGAAGACGGAUGGAAGAAGCAGACCUUAUACAAACUGAAACUAAUGGACAGUGUCCUGAAGGAAAGUCAACGGCUGAAGCCCAUUGCUAUUGCGUCCAUGAGACGACUCGUAACAGAGGACGUGCAGCUCUCCGAUGGAACUCUCCUGCCCAAGGGAACAACCACCCUCGUAUCCGGCGAGAGCAUGUGGGACCCAAGCGUAUAUCCCGACCCCGAGACCUUCGAUCCCUAUCGAUUCCUGAAGCUGCGCGAGACGCCUGGCCAUGAAACAUCCGCCCAGCUGGUUUCACCCUCGCCCGAGCAUCUUGGGUUCGGAUACGGCAACCAUGCCUGUCCUGGGCGUUUCUUUGCAGCUAAUGAGGUCAAGAUUGCACUUGCACAUAUCUUGCUGAAGUACGACUUUAAGUUGGCACCUGGGGCUGCGGAACCGAGUGUGAGACGGUCUGGGCUCUCCGCGAACGCUGAUUAUAUGGCGAAAAUUUCCAUCAGAAGGCGCAAGGAGGAGAUCAUGUUAUGA